UCUCUCCACACGCCCCCGCGGGAGCUUGGAGCUUAAAUUCUCGGUUGUCUUCUUCCACACGGCCCAGGGAGGUGGCGGUGGGGUGUGUGGGAUGGCAAUGGGGAAGCAAGGCUUCCCAGAGGAGGUGGCGAUGCCUGAUCUAAGCUUAAAGCGCGUGGGACUUAGGCAGAGAGAGGGUUUGCGGGAAAAGAAGGGUGUUCUGGGCUUGGGCAAGCUCCUAGAGAGAAUGGAGAGCUCAGUGCGUUCCAGGAAGUGAAAGGCGGGGAGGGGGACAUAAGGCAAGGCUGGAGAGGAGGUAGGGAGACUGGUUAGCUGGGAGACUUGUGCAGUGAGCCAGGCAAAUGACGAUCACGAACUGAAUUAAGGCUCUGUCCGUAGGGAUGGUGAGAAAAGGACAGGUUGUAGAGCAACGAGGAGGUAUAAUUGAUCUAGAGGGUGACUGGAUGUGACUCCUCUAACCUGAGAGAGCCGACACUAAAAAAAAAAAACUACCAGAGAUAAAUCCUUCCCCAAGGGCUCUGGUUCCCAUCACCUUGGCCCACAAAGGGCUCUCAGCUGUUUCUCCUUGAUUAUUAACUUUCUAGUCCAUCUUCAACCUCUCUCGCUCUACUGAGUCCUUUUCGUCAUUAUUCAGGAUUGCACAGAUUUUGCCCAUCCUAAAAAACCUCAACCCAUUAAUUCAUUUCACAGUAUUUUUGUGUACAGUUUACCUGGCACUGUGCUCAGCCCUGUGGCUAUAACUGGACAAAAGAGACUCAGUUGUUGCCUCCAUGGAGUUUUACAGACAAGUAGGUGAAGCAGACACCAAUUAAAGAAUCACAAGUAAAUGUAAAAUUACUAUUGCUGUAAGAGCUAGGAAGUCCCUGAGUGGUGCAAUGGUUAAUGUACUCAGUUGUUAACUGGAAGGUUAGAGGUUCAAGUCUACCCAGAGGCACCUCAGAAGAAAGGCCUGGCAAUCUACUUCCAAAAAAUCAGCCAUUGAAAAUCCUAUGGAGCCCAGUUCUACACUGACACACAUGGGGUCACCAUGAGCAGAAUCAAUUCAAUGACAACUGGUAUAAGAGCUACAACAGAAAUACAGAAGAGGGUAAGAUAGGGGGACCUGAUUUGGACAUUAAAGUUAAGACCUGAAGAAUGAAUAGAUGGUAGAUAAAGCAUAGGAGAAGAGCUGUCUAAGCAGAAGAAAUGGGCUGGGUGAAGGCCUCAUGGCAGACAGGCACUUGAGGUUUGAAAGAACUAAAUUCAAACCAAUGUGGCUGGAGCAUAGUGAGUGAGGGUGUGAGGCAGGCAGAGCCCAGAUCAUUGGAGCCUACAAGGCCAUAUUAAGAAGAUCCUCUCUUAUCAUAAGAGCGAUUGGUGUGACAGCCAAAGUCCUCAUUGUGGAAUGGCCCACAAAGUUCUUUGAGAUCUGGCUUCCCCCCACACCCUUUACUUCUCUGACCUCAUCUCUCACCUUCUGCUUAUCACUUACCCCCUCCUCAUUCCAUUCUAAUCAUACUGAUCUUACUGAUCCGCAAUCACCCCAGCACCCUCCUUAGGGCCUUUGGACUUCUUAUAAUACCCUUCCCACAGAUACCCGCAUGGUCAAUUCCUUUAACUGUUUUAAGUCUUUGGUCAAAUAUCACUUCAAUAAGGUCCUAUAAGGAGGAGCCUUGGUGGCACAGUGGUUAAGUGCUUGGCUGCUAACUGAAAGGUCACCAUCCGCUCUACAGGAGAAAGGUAUGGCAGUCUGCUUCCCUAAAGAUUUCAGCCUUGGAAAUCCUAUGGGGUAGUUCUACUGUGUCCUGUAGGGUUGCUCUGAGUCAGAAUCGAUGGCAACAGGUUUGGUUUUUUUGGUUUUAACAUCCUAUAAAGGAGCCCUUGUGGUGCAGUGGUUAAGGUUGGAGGUUCAAAUAUACCAGCAGCCGCCCUGGGGGAACAAGAUGUGGCAGUCUGCUUCUGUAAAGAUUACAGCCUUGGAAACCCUAUAGGGCAGUUCUGCUCUGUCAUAUAGGGUGGAUAUGAGUUGGAAUCGACAGCAAUGGGUUUUUGGUCAACAUCCUAUAAAGUCUAUUCAUUAUGUAUAUUAUUUAUUAUGUGCCCUCAUUAUGCUAUAAGCUCCGUGAGGACAGGAAUCUUUGAAAUUUUAUUUACUGAAGUAUUCUAAGUACCUAAAACCACUUCGCACAUUGUAAGCAUUCUAUAAAUAUUUGUUAAAUGAAUUAAUAGGAAGCCAUUGAAGGUUUUAAGUGAGGAAGUAACAUGAUCUUGAAGAGAUCAUCUUGCUCUUUGGAGAGUGAAUGUUAGAAUGAACUGUGGAAACAAGCAGGUUUGGUGAAGGAAAUUUGGCUAUGAAGGGAAGGAGAGUGGGUCUUGGCUGGAAGGGACUGGAGGAGCAGGACCCUAAGAGCGGAAAAGGAGGACAGUGCAAAUGGAGCUAAGUUUGUGUGUUUAUUUUUUUCUGAGGGAGGAAGCAAGGUCUUUUUAUGAAAAUAAGUGAUGAAGUGGUGAAGUUGAGGGUUUGAAGAAAGGGCUUGAAACAGGUGUAUCAGGAACUGCAGUAUAUAAGAGUGUAAGAGCGCAGCCUCUGAGGGCAGACUAGGUUUGAACGGACAAAUUACUUAAUCUCUACAAGCCUCAGUUUCCUCAUCUCUAAAAUGAAGGUAAUACUAGUACCUACUUCAUGCAGUUGUCAGGAGUUGAUUGAGAGAUUUCAGUAAAGCACUUAGCAUGAGAACUGGCAUAUAGUAAGCACUCACUAAGUGUUAGCUACUUUUAGCUAUUAGAGAAAAGACAGCCAGAAGAACUGUGAGGGAGCAGUCAAGAUCAACCGGAUGCUUUUUCUCAUUACUAGUGGUCAGCCGGCUGUGGCUUACUAGAUCAGAAGAUUAGGAGUAAAAAUAGCUGAUCUCUACCCCCCACUGAUUUACCAUCUGCUUUUGGACAAAUCUCCGUCUCUGAUCCUUGGUUUCUCUUUUCUAUAAAAUGAAGGUUUUGGACUAUUGUUAUAUUAUGUUGUUAUGUUAGGUGCUGUUGAGUUGAUUUUGACUCAUAACGACCUCAUGCGACAGAGGAGAGCUGCCCCCGAGGAUUUUUUAGGCUGUAAUCUCUACAGGGGCAGAUUGCCAGGUCUUUCUCCUAUGGAGCUGAUGGGUGGGUUUGAACUGCCAGCCUUUCAGUUAGCAGCUGAGCACUUAGCCACUGCACCAUCGACUAGAUGACUACUAGAGGCCCUUUCAGCAUAAACAUGCUACAUCUUGAUUUAGGAGAUAAUAUUGGAGCUGUUAUUCCCUGUUCUAGAACAUGACCCAGCUGGAGCUGCGCUCACAAAAACUCACAGCACAUCAACUAGGCCCUGAGGUAUAAAGACAAUAGCUAGGACAAUCUUCGAAAACAUCUCUUAGGGAGACUUUCACCUAAACAAAUCAUAAACAGCACAAAAGACCCACAGACUUUCUACCGUUACCUUUUUCUAUUAGCACUUAGUGAAUAGUAAGAUUUGUUGGACCAGUGAAGACCUUCCUGACUGUCAUUACUGAAUCUGUACCAGUGAUUAUUAAGAAAGACAGUUCAAGAUAUAGAAUCACAGUGAUUUAGCUGUUUUUAGCCAAUCCGUGAAAAGGUGAAGCUUUCAAUGGUUUUGCCCAUUUGUAAUGUUAAUAUGUAUUGAUAUAUGUAUAUACUGAUGACUCUGUAGAGUUCCUUGGACAGACCUGGCUCUGGCAGCAUGGUUAUCUGUUGCCCACUUUGGCAUCUUUGAACAUAUUCCAAAUAAAACCUUUCUUUUUGCUGUACUGUAACUUUGUGAUAUUUUAUCCUAGAACAGUUUCUAAACAGAUAAAUAUUCCAUGCUCCCAGAUACCUCUAAACAACCCCAAAUCCACACACACAGUCACAGUAAGCAUCAGGGAUACACAGGUGCUCCCCAACAGGAGGCCUCGGUCCUUGAACUGGCCCCUAUUCGUUACCUGUCUCCAGGGCUUAUACUAAUGCCAGGCCCUCUGAGGCCAGUUGCAGAAGCUCAGCCAUUCUGGUCAUACUUCAGUGCCACAGCCAGCCAAGAGCAAACCCAUGAGCAUCUCGAGAGUGCUUGAGAAAAGUGAGGCCAUCAUGAGGAAGCCACGACCAACUGGGAGAAGUCACAGGAAGCAAAUGUCUAGGCAAGAGGGAAGGGAGAAAUGUGUCCUCAACAGCAGCCAAGCCAAGCCUUGCAGCCCCAAUGGUCUGGUCAGGCAGCAGGAGAAGGUGGUAUUGCUGGCCUCUGUCUCCCCGUACCAUCUAUUCAAAGACACAGCUGAGGUCACAGCCUUCCGGGGGAGCCUGCUGAGCUGGUACGACAGAGAGAAGCGUGACCUACCCUGGAGAAGGCGGGCAGAGAGUGAGGUGGACCUGGACAGGCGGGCAUAUGCUGUGUGGGUCUCAGAGAUCAUGCUGCAGCAGACCCAGGUUGCCACGGUGAUUGACUACUAUACCCGAUGGAUGCAGAAGUGGCCGACACUGCAGGACCUGGCCAGUGCUUCCCUGGAGGAGGUGAACCAGCUGUGGGCUGGCCUGGGCUACUACUCUCGAGGCCGGCGCCUGCAGGAAGGAGCCCGGAAGGUGGUAGAAGAACUAGGGGGCCACAUGCCACGUACAGCAGAGACUCUGCAGCAGCUUCUGCCUGGCGUGGGGCGGUACACAGCUGGAGCCAUUGCCUCCAUCGCCUUUGGCCAGGCAACCGGUAUAGUGGAUGGGAACGUAGUACGGGUGCUGUGCCGUGUCCGGGCGAUUGGUGCUGAUCCCAGUAGCACCCUUGUCUCCCAGCAACUCUGGAGCUUAGCCCAGCUGCUGGUGGACCCAGCCCGGCCAGGGGACUUCAACCAAGCCGCCAUGGAACUGGGGGCCACAGUGUGCACCCCCCAGCGUCCACUUUGCAGCCAGUGCCCUGUGCAGAGCCUGUGCCGGGCAUGCCAGAGGGUGGAACAGGAGCAGCUCUCAGCCUCCCAAAAUCUGCCACACAGCCUCGAUGUGGAGGAGUGUGCUUCCAACACUGGACAAUGCCAGCUGUGCCCAUCACCCACAAAGCCCUGGGACCGUACCCUGGGAGUGGCCAACUUUCCCCGCAAGGCCAGCCGCAGGCCCCCCAGAGAGGAAUACUCUGCCACCUGUGUCCUGGAGCAGCCUGGGGCCCUUGGAGGCUCUCGAUUUCUGCUGGUGCAGAGGCCCAGCUCAGGUUUGCUGGCAGGACUGUGGGAGUUCCCAUCUGUGACCACGCAGCCCUCAGGGCAGUGCCAACGCAAGGUCCUACUGCAGGAACUGCAGAGUUGGGCUGGGCCCCUCCCAGCCACCCGCCUCCAGCACCUCGGGGAGGUCAUCCACGCCUUCUCUCACAUCAAAUUGACAUAUCAAGUGUAUGGUCUGGCCCUGGAAGGGCAGACCCCGGUGAUCACCACACCACCUGGCGCUCGCUGGCUGACCCGAGAGGAGUUCCACACUGCAGCUGUCUCCACUGCCAUGAAAAAGGUGUUCCGGGUGUACGAGGGCCAACAGCCAGGGACCCACAAGGGUUCCAAAAGGUCCCGGGUGUCUAUCCCAUCGUGCCGGAAAAAGCCCAGCCCAGGCCAGCAAGUCCUGGAUCGUUUCUUUCGGCCCCAUGCCCCCACUGAUGCACCCAGCCUCAAGAGUGCAGCCCAGUGAUGCCUCUGGAAGUGCCCACCCUGAGAAUCCUGUUGUUUAAUAAAGUGUUUAUUUUCUGUAGUCAUUUUGGAAAGCUUUCCACCCCCUCACUCCCCACCUCUGAGGAACCCAGGAACUGGUCAAGUCCUCCUUGGUCCUGGCUUCCACUGGCUGAGCUCCCAGGAGAGGGAAAAGGCAGCUCCAGGGAGCACCUGCCAGUACGUGCCUGCAGUGGACACCCAAUACCCUCAGUCCAGGUCUCAGGUCACCUCUGAUUGGAGCAAUGGCAUUGCCCCAGGGCAGUUGGUUGGGCUCAGCCCUGACCUACCACCUCCCCACCU